AUGUCCAGAGAAGACCCCCUCAAAGCAGAAAAGGACUUCUCCGCCACUCUCGACGAGCAGCUUCCCCUCCUCGAACAGCUCCCGGACUACAAGGAAGCCCUCGACAAGUACCUCGUGCUCGAGAAACAGAUCCGCCAGUCGUCAGAUUUGCCCUCCAGCAAACGCAUCAUUGGCCGUAUUGUAGACACUCUUGUAGACCAUGCGGACUGGGAACACUUGGAGGAGCUCGUGACGUCGCUCUCGAAGAAGCACGGCCAGAUGAAGACGGCGAUCCAGGUGAUGAUUCAGCAGGUGAUCAAGCACCUCUCCAAGUUGAAGGACAGCGACGAGAAGCAGUUGAAACAGAAAAUCUCGCUCAUCGAGACCAUCCGUACAAUCACCGACAAGAAGAUCUUCGUGGAGGUCGAAAGAGCGGAGGUUUCUCGCAUGUUGUCGGACAUCUACUUGGCCCAGGGCGACUUGGACAAGGCCACCGAGAUCUUGUGCGACUUGCAGGUGGAGACGUACUCGAUGAUGCCGUUUGAUACCAAGGUCGAGUACAUCUUGCAGCAGAUGGCGUUGACGUUGCAGAAGCACGACUUUGCACAGGCCAAGGUGUUGAGUAGGAAGAUUUUAUUGAAAACGCUACAGAACUUUGCCAAGGCAGAGGAAUACAAGGCCACAUACUUGCGCUAUCUCUUACAGAUCAACGCUUACGAGAAAGACUACAUCACCAGCGUCAAGAACUCCUUGCUUCUCAUGGAGCUUCCAGCCGUCAAAGACUCGGCUGACUACAAGGACUUGUUAAUCUCCAUCGUAUACACCAUCAUCUUGUCUCCUUAUGACAACUAUCAAUCCGACUUGAUCCAUAAAAUCAAGGCCAACACUGUCUUCUCCAAGAAUGUCAGUGCCAAAAUCUUCCGGUUGUUGGAGAUCUUCACCACCAACGAGAUCAUCCGUUGGGGCCAGCUUGAGGCUGACUACAGUGACUUGUUUUCUCAGUCUCCAAUGUUCCUGGAGAACGAUGAGAACACCAAGAACUUGCAGAAGAGAGUCAUUGAACACAACUUGAGAAUCAUCAGCAAAUACUACUCGUUCAUCGAGUUGAAGCGCGUGGCAACCUUGUUGCAGUUGGAUGUGGCCGACGCCGAGACACACAUCAGUGCUUUGGUCAAUCUGGGCAUGAUUUCUGGUAAGAUCAACAGACCCCAGGGAAUCGUGAAGUUUGAAAAGCACGGCGUUGCAUCCUCUGGCCUCUCGGCCAACAACAGCGAGGACAUGAACGAAUUGUUGAACAAUUGGGUUUAUGACAUCGAUAAGUUGUUGGAAGAGGUGGACAGCAUUGGUCACUUGAUCAACAAGGAGGAGAUGAUGUAUGGAAUCAAACAGAAGCUGUGA